GCAGCCCCGGCAAAGCAAACCGACACCACCAGUUCGAUUCUUUCGUUCCGUGCGAGCGGUUCGUACGGUGUGUCCCGCGGUUUAUUCCGUGUUUCUUCCGUGUGUCUCGGUAUGUUUGUGUGCGUUUCUGUGUGAGUGUGUGUGUGUGCGUGUGUUUUUGGCGAUUGUACAGUACAAAAUUUCAACGCCCAGAAAGUGAUACAGAUCGGCACAGACGGGACCUGGACCGCCCGCGGCAUGCCGCACCAGGUGGAAACUUCCAUUAAUGACGAAUUGUUUGUAAAUUUCGCUCGACUGAAGCAAUAGUGCGACCUGCUCGUCGUUGUUAAAAUCCCGAAAACGAAAGAAGCAGAAAACCUCCCCCAACUUGCAGCGAGGCUACUAGCGUGUAAGUCUGUGAUCCUCUGCUGGAAAAAAAAUAGUGAAAGAAACCGUGGUUUGUCGUUGUGUAGUGAAAAGUGUGAUCGACAAAGCGAAGCGAAAAACAUCAAAAACGAAACAAAAAUUUGUGGGUGAUUUGUUCCAAAAUUCGUAUCAACUUGCAGAACGCGGGGCCCAGAAUACGGCAGCUUGCUCGGCGGGGCUCGGAAAAUAGGCGGCUCGCUCGAAUUCCUUACACAAGAACGAGGAAGCUUUAGAAAGGUUAAUAAAAGGUACGGGAUGUUAGCAGAAAAAGUUGAAUGAACACACCGCAAUUUGAGACAAAUGCUAUAUUGAAUGCUGAGCAGAUCCGAUCACCCAGAGUGGAGCACUGCCAAUCGACUCCGCCACGAAACCCGCGCACUGAUCCUUACCGAAGCCCGGCGCGCACAGUGAUAUAGUGAUACCACCUUCGCCCGAAGGGUGGGUUGCGGUGUGGUUCGCUUGCUGUGCGCUCUAAUGAUACGCUAUCGAGUAUCGGAACGCAACCAUCGGCGAGGGAUCACCGCGUGCUGAUAGCAGCAGCAGCAGCAGCAGCAGCAACAUCAGCAAAAAAACGAGCGGACGCAGGGCAACAUUAAUCAUUCGGAACUGGGGCUCUCCCUGGCCUGGCCGCCGAAGGGUUGCCGCUAGUGUACGCGGCGUCGAUUUAUUUACUGCGUGCACCGAACGGGAGGAAAGAAAUUUAGAACGGGCGCAACGGAGCAACCAGAUAUAUGCCGAUCGACACCGAUCGCCUCCAGGAUGAGCACGAACUCGCCCGGAACGCCGAAGAAGUGCCGGCUGAUACUGCAACAAUGUCUCGCGAUCCAGCUGACCAAGCCGGGCAACCCGCCCGAAGACUUCUGGAUGUACGACAGUGGCUACACGAUCUUUCAGAAUUUCCUCUCAGCUAACCUUCAGUGCUGGUGGAACGCACCGCUGGCGGCGGCCACGAAGGUCCUGAAGUAUCUCGGACACAUUUCUCCCGGCAUGCUGCUGAUAACGGCCGAACCGUGUGCGCUGGAAAUCAUCCGCAGUGCCUACGCUCGCAGCGUCCUCAAACCACCGGCCACCUAUCUGAUCAACUCCGUAGGUGACAUCGAUGACUGUAUCGUGACCCCGAUCGUACAGACACAGUUCACACCACUGACGGAGGCACUCUGUGACGUGAUCAUGGAGCUAACAUCCCAAGGACAGUCCGCCACCAUCGAGAACAUACGCAAUCGAUUGCGUUCGAGGUUUACCCACAUGCAGCAGCCAUCGGUAGAGGUCAUCUACGAUACGCUCGUGCAGCUGAUGCAGGAAAUCAAAAUCUACCAAACAUCCAAAGGAUACUUUAUCGUCACGCCAGAAAAAAGACGCAACAAAACGAACGCUGCGCUUGAGUACGGUGCCGGUUUUCCGGGCGUCGAUCUCGACGGCAACGGCCCGACGAAGGAGUCGAAAACGCUGCUCAUGAGCAGCCACGAAGCGCUGAGCAGCCUGUACGGUGAAAUCUCGACCGUGCGGGCCGGCGACCAAACCCACCAGUGCAUCCAGACCAACCUGGCCGACGUGAUCUGUGGCGGCAACCCGAACGAUAAGAUCCUGUACGCCCGGUCGGCGAGCAAGCAGCGCAGUGCCUCCUUCCCGAACAAUGGCAAAACGCUCGAACGGCGCCAUAGUUUACGCUUCUUCGGUUCGUCCAAGCGACUCCAGCGGUCGGCCUCCACGAGAAGCCUCUCCAAAAACUAUGCGCAAACGAUCGCGAAGGAUGGAACGCAGGCGGCGGCGGCACCACUAGCCGCACCGGAGCAGUCGCCCUCCCCAUUGGAUGCGAAAAAGCAAACCUCAUCACAGUCCCUCCUGUCGCGGAUCUUCCGGCGCAGCACACGCUCCAAGAGCAAGACGAAGCAGAUCGAAACGUACUCGGCCCAGUUCCCGCCCCCGGAGUGGUUCAACUCCAAGACGACCCACCUCCACAGCGUCGGCACACAGACGACGGACUAUUUGGACUUUCCAAUCAAGUCACGCCUGCUGAACGCCACCUUCUACGACAGCUCGGACGUGAGCCAGCGAUCGCUGUCGCUGCCGAGGCGCCGGCACCACCGGCGCAACCUUUCCAGUGAGUCGACGUUCUUCAUCUCGUCGCGCGACUGUUCGCCGGUCCGGCGGGGCAAAAGCCCCGGCUCGUACUACUGUGGCAGCCUGCCCCGCUCGAUCCACUCGACGCCGGCCAGCUCGGGCUACUACAAGGUGUCGCGCGGCAAGCAGCUCUCGUCGGCGGACAAGCUGCACAGCAGCAGCGACAACAGCCCGGGCCGGGUGGAGCACAAAACUAGUCGCAGCCUGGGCAUUGCCAGCGGGCCCUCCAGCAUCGACAGUGGCAAGAUGACGUACGUCACGUCCGGGCCGUCCAGCUUCGACAGUGAGAAGCUGUCGUCGACGCGCACCAGCACCCAUUCCAGCCUGGAAUCGCACGUCUCGUCCGCCACCGUUACAACGGCCAUUCAACAGCAGCAGCAGCAGCAGCAGCAGAAUUCCGGCUUGUACAUUAACAACGACACCAAGCCACCGGUUUCGGGUGGCUCUCAGCCCGGAAGUCCUGCACGUGUUUCGCAAAAUGGAACGCCCAAAGCAUCGCCAGCUGCACCGGGCACGGUGACAACCGUCAUGACAGCGGUCGCAUCCACCACCAAGGCCAACAAUAGUUACAAAUGCUUCGAGACCACGUUCGGCUACACGAGCACCAAUACGGCCGGUUUGAAGGGCAACUCACCCACCGGAAGAGCGUCCAAAAGCCCAGCCAGUACCUCCGGACUGCUGGCCAAACCGAUCGAUCAUCUAACCGCGCUCAGUGAAUCGCUUCUUCAGUUCCGCCUGAACGGCAGUGACACUGCGACGACGACGACCAAUGGGGCCAGUUCCGUACCACCACCAGCCUCGAGCGGACCCACCCCAGUAGUACACCAGAACGGCACCACGCCGGAGCUGAACAAGUACAACAAAAACAGCACCAUGAACAACAGCAAACCGCUGCAACCGAUGGCGACCGCACCGGCCCAACCGCCCCCCGUCAACUUCUUCUACAAGAACGUGCUGAAAAACAUCCAGCACGACAGCAAGAACAUCUGCGGCGAUUUGGCGGUGGAGAAAACGUCCCCCACCUACGACGAGGAGCGGACGGGCCUGCGGCUCCAGAGCAACCUGCGCCGCUCGAACUCCGAGAUCAAGAAGCUUAACUCGAACCAUCACGGCGGCAAGCAGCAGCAGCAACUGGCGGACGAGGACGAUCUGCCCAAGCGGACGAUCCCAUCGCCCCAGCCGCUCAGUGGCCUGAUCGUGAUGAAGAAAAAGAGCCUCUCGGUGUCGAGCGAACCGAACCUGCUGGCGAACGGUGACAGCAAGGCGGCCCAGAUCACGAUACUGGUGCAGGAGAACGGCGGCACGGAGCGGGAGCGAAGCGAUGGGACGCCGACCGGGGACGGUCGCAAGCGGUACUCGCACUACGACGAGCUGGACCGCCGGUUUGGCUACCUAAACGGGGGGUCCGGGGGUGGGGUGCGCGAUGAGGCACCGCUCGCACUGGAGGAGAUGUACGAGUUUCCGAGCCUUUCCGAUCUGAGCUUCAACUUUACCUCGCUGGCGGCGCAGAAGAUCCUGCAGGGCGACGCGAGCCUGAACAGCAUCGACACGCUGGUAGAGCUGAACAUCAACCAGGAGAAGCAGCAGACGCUGAUGCGGCUGAAGAACGAUGCGCGACUGCUGGCGCAAACGGUGGGGCCGGCGGCGGUGUCUGCGGAACCGGACAGCAACAACGGCACCGCCAAGGUGAUGACGGACUUUGGGAUGGUUUAACCACACACAAUGCACAAUGUACACACACAAUGGAGGAAGCAUUAGCAUUAGAACACGCGUACACACUGUAACACAGAGAGAGAGAGAGAGAGAGAGAGAGAGAGAAGAGAGAGAGAGAGAGAGAGAAGGUUGGAGGGAGACAUAUAAAAAGUGCCAAUAUCUUAGGAGCUUAUAUUCGAGUGUCGUGGGGAGCUUUUCCGCUCCAGCAGCACUCUCGGAGUGGAGCAAUAUGUAAUCGAAAAAAUGGUCCCGUCCACUCCGGGGUUUUUUUUUAGAACACGCGCACCCGCUGCGUGACAAGCAUUUUAUCCUAACCCUGUACAGGAAUGAAGCAAUGAAAAAGACGACGCAGAAGAAAAAAAAAGUGUACGCACGCAUUACUCAAACGAACGAAGAACAAACGACGACUCCGGAACAAGGAACAAACAUGUAAGCAGUGGCGGGUUGUAGGGUGUCGAGGGCCCUUUGACACGGGAAGAGGAGGUAGAAUCGCUGCCGUAGUACUAGAAUCAGUAACGAGACACCUCUACCUACUGUUAUGUAUGCUGGAAUGGCCAUCCACGGGGCCCGUGACGGUCGGCCAAUCCGUCUAACGUUUAUAACCCUGCCACUGCAUGUAAGCACGUGUAAGCGAAAAUAAUAAAGACCACUUACUAUAG